UGUUUCUAUUUGAUAAGCUUCUUUUGAAAUGUUGAUUUUUGGGACCUUAUUCAUUUUGUAUUGUGUUUCAUGUUCUCCUAAACUGGUUUCUUGUUAAUAUACUUUAGCUUUUUACUUCCAACUCGGCCUUACAUAAAAUUAAAUUUUCUCUAUUCACUUAUCUUUCACUGUCUCAAUCUAAAUUGUUAGUUUUUUGUUUUAGAUUCUUCUGUUUUGAUCCUUCAAACUUUGAUAUGAAGGAGUGCAUUGGGUCGUAAUUGGUAAUCGAUUACUAUCUAAGGUUGUAUAAUUAGAAAUUUGAGUCCAACAUAUCAUUAUAAUUGAGAUUGUUCUGCUUUCUGCUCCAUCUCUUUUGCCUUAUAUCUUUAUUUGCUAUGAUUUGAAAUGCAUUGUUGGAAGAGAUACUGAUUUAUCUGUUUCAUGGAGUUUUCUAGGUUUUACUCGUCCACAGUCCACAGUAUGUUUCGCUGCUUCUUCCUGACCAACAGUAACAAGCGAGUCUUUUACAAUUCAAACCGUUCCUUCACCAUAUAUGCUGCCCCUUCUUUAACAUCAUUAUCACAACAGCACAAUAGCAAACAUCCUUUUCUCUUCCAACCCCAAAAGAUCAAUCCCUCUAUCGAACACGCUCCUACUCUGAUCCCAUUGCAGGACUUGGUCAAUCACUACAAGUUAUCUCAAUCUUAUCAAAAAACUGUGCCGACUUUGCCACAUGUUCCACAUUGGAGUUCUUUUGAUGUUUAUGAAAAUUUGGUUCAUACAUAUAAAUAUUCUUGUUGUCCAAAAGAAUCUAGACAGUUUCAUUUGAAGAUCUUUAAAUAUGGGUUUGAUUGCGAUUUGUUUUUAUGUAAUACUCUUAUUAAUGCGUAUGUUAGAAGUGGUGAUUUGGUAUCUGCCCGUAAGUUAUUUGAUGAAAUGCCAGAGAGGAAUGGUGUUACGUGGGCAUGUUUGAUAUCAGGGUAUAACCACAACAGGAUGCCUGAGGAGGCAUGUGGGGUUUUCAAAAGGAUGACUUUUGAAGGGUGUUUGCCGAAUCGUUUUGCUUUUGGUGGUGCUCUUCAAGCUUGCUGGGAACUUAAACUUGGGAUGCAAAUUCAUGGGUUAAUUUUAAAGUCCCCCUAUGAACAAGAUGUGGUUUUGUCAAACGUGUUGAUAUCAAUGUAUGGAAAUACUCUAGGCUCUAUUGAUUAUGCCCGUCGUGUUUUUGAUGAGAUAAAGAUUAAGAAUUCAAUAUCAUGUAAUUCUAUUAUAUCAGUUUAUUCACAAAGAGGAUAUGCAGCUUGUGCCUUUGAAAUAUUCUCAAGCAUGCAAAGAGAUGGAUCUGGGUUCAAUUUUAAACCUAACGAGUAUACUUUUGGGAGCUUAAUAACUGCAGCUGGUUCUGCCAGAGAUUCUGGUUCAAAUGUGUUGCAGCAGAUGCUUACAAGGGUUAUGAAAUCUGGAUUCCUCUUGGAUUUAUAUGUGGGUAGUGCUUUAGUUAGUGGAUUUGCAAGGUUUGGAUUGUUAGAUUAUGCGAAGAAGAUUUUUGAGCAGAUGAGCGUGAGAAAUGCCGUUUCUAUGAAUGGCUUGAUGGUAGGAUUAGUGAGGCAGAGAUGUGGAGAAGAAGCUGCUGAAUUAUUCAUGGAGAUGAGAAACUCGGUUGAUAUAAAUCUUGAUUCAUAUGUCAUCUUAUUAAGUGCUUAUGCUGAAUAUGCUCUGUUGGAUGAAGGAAGAAGAAAGGGCAAGGAGGUCCAUGGAUUUGCAAUCCGAACUGGAUUAAAUGAUGUCAAGGUUGCAAUUGGGAAUGGGCUAAUUAAUAUGUAUGCUAAAUGUGGUGCUAUUGAUGAUGCUAGAUCAGUAUUUAGGCUCAUGGCUAUCAGGGAUCCAGUCUCAUGGAAUUCCAUGAUUUCUGGUCUUGACCAGAAUGAGUGUUUUGAAGAUGCAAUCAAUUGCUACCAUGAAAUGAGGAGAACUGGAUUGACACCUUCUAAUUUUUCAUUGAUAAGUGCUUUGAGUUCAUGUGCAAGCUUGAACGGGAUCAUACUAGGCCAGCAAAUACAUAGUGAAGGGCUUAAAUUGGGACUUGAUUUUGAUUGUUCAGUUUCAAAUGCCCUUCUUGCAUUAUAUGCUGAAACUGGAUACCUUGCUGAGUGUCAGAAAGUUUUCUCCUUGAUGCUGGAGUAUGAUCAAGUAUCAUGGAAUACAGUGAUUGGGGCAUUGGCUAAUGUAGAAGUAUCAGUUGCUGAUGCUGUAGAAUUUUUCAAGGAGAUGAUGCAAACUGGAUGGAAUCUUAACAGAGUGACCUUCAUAAACGUUCUCACAGCCGUAUCAUCUCUUUCACAGAUUGGAUUGAGCCAGCAGAUACAUGCACUAAUGCUGAAAUACCAUAUCACAGAUGACAGUGCUAUUGAGAAUGCUCUUCUCGCUUGCUAUGGCAGGUGCAGAGAUAUAGAUCACUGUGAAAAAAUUUUUGCUAGAAUGUCUGAGAGAAGAGACGAAGUUAGUUGGAAUUCUAUGAUUUCUGGAUACAUACAUAACGAAUUCUUAUCCAAGGCCAUGGACCUGGUCUGGUUUAUGAUGCAGAGGGGUCAACGGUUGGACUGUUUCACCUUUGCUACUGUUCUUAGUGCUUGUGCCUCUGUUGCAACACUAGAGCGUGGAAUGGAAGUCCAUGCCUGUGCAAUAAGAGCAUGUUUAGAAUAUGAUGUUGUAGUUGGGAGUGCCCUUGUUGAUAUGUACUCAAAAUGUGGAAGAAUUGAUUAUGCAUCAAGAUUUUUCAAGUUGAUGCCUGUGAAGAACGUAUAUUCUUGGAACUCAAUGAUAUCAGGUUAUGCACGUCAUGGACAUGGAAGUGAGGCUUUGAAGCUUUUUACACAAAUGAAGCUUGGUAAUCAAUUACCAGAUCAUGUCACCUUUGUUGGGGUUCUAUCUGCUUGUAGUCAUGUUGGUUUGGUUGAUGAAGGGUUUGAGCAUUUCAAAUCCAUGACUGAAGUAUAUGGAUUGGCUCCUCGGAUAGAGCAUUAUUCAUGUAUGGUGGAUCUCCUUGGACGGGCAGGUGAACUUGACAGGAUAGAGAACUUCAUUAAUAGAAUGCCAGUGGAACCUAACGUUCUUAUUUGGAGGACAGUUUUGGGUGCCUGCUGCCGAGCAAAUGGUUGCAAAACUGAGUUAGGUAGAAGGGCCGCUGAUAUGCUUAUGGAUAUGGAACCUCAAAAUGCUGUGAAUUAUGUUCUUCUUUCUAACAUGUAUGCUUCAGGGGGGAAGUGGAGUGACAUGGCAAAGGCUAGGAGGGCAAUGAGAGAAGCAGCAGUGAAGAAGGAAGCUGGAUGUAGUUGGGUAACCAUGAAAGAUGGGGUCCAUGUUUUUGUAUCCGGUGAUAAAUCACAUCCGGAAAGAGAUUUAAUCUACAAGAAACUCAAGGAACUCAACAAAAGAAUUAGAGAUGCAGGAUAUGUGCCUGAGACAAAAUUUGCACUUUAUGAUCUUGAACCUGAGAAUAAGGAAGAACUCCUGAGCUAUCACAGUGAGAAACUUGCAGUUGCUUUUGUUCUGACUCGUGAGUCAGGGUUGCCAAUUAGGAUAAUGAAAAACCUUCGGAUUUGUGGCGACUGCCACUCUGCCUUUAAGUACAUAUCAAAAAUUGCUGGCCGUCAAAUAGUGUUACGGGAUUCAAAUAGGUUUCAUCAUUUUGUGGAUGGUAGUUGUUCAUGUGGGGACUACUGGUAACUGACUCAUCAGCUUGGUUCUUGAAGGUAUAGAUACAGUAAAUCAAUCUUGACCUGCAAACCCGAUGCAUCAAAAGCUGAAUUGGACUUUGAUUGACUUUGCAAAAGUCUUCUAUUGUGUAAUCUUUGCGGAGACGAUCAGGAUCCCAGUGCACCAACAAAGAGCAGAGAGGGUGCGACAUUCUCGAAGUGUUUCAUGGCGUGAAAUCAAUUGGUUGCCAGCGGUGUUUUUGCAAUUUGCAUUUCCAUGCUGUUAAAGACUGAAAGUUAGAAUCUGAAUUUGCGUAUGGAAAUUGCCACAAGGUGCUUUCACAAAUACAACUCCAAUUUCUGCCGCUCUAGUUGUUGAAAGGAAAAUGAUUGCACUCUUCCUUAUGUGAUUACUUGCUGCUUACCGAGUAGAUGAAUCAUCAAGGAUUCAGUAUUUGCUAUCCCUGGAGCAUCUCUGUUUAUAGCAGGGACUUCUGUUUUCGUUAAUGAAAGGGGAAGGAGAAAAAAUCUUAAAAAGUCGGGGAGCGAGGUGGCGUGCAUGGUUUCUCAAGUCCUCUUUUAUCAACAAGUUCAUGCACUUCAGAAAUAUCAUUACUGUGCAAGCAGGAAACUUUCAAGUCUACAACUGUGGAUACUUGUAAUGGGAGUCUGCUCAGUGAAGUUUCUAAUCUGCACAACUACAAGAUGUUGAGCUUGAUUGGAGUGAUGAUGAUGGAGCCCCCAUCAGGAGCCAGUAUAAAUAGAAUCAAGCCACCAGGAUUCAGAUCAGAUGCACUGUCAUAUUCAGGAUGUGAUGCAGAUCCUCAAGAUAUUAAUAUUAGUAAAAACUUAUCAUACCAAAUCUCCAUAGACUCAAAAUACAAACACGUAGAUACCUCCUAUAAAAAUUAUGAGUCUUUUUAUUUAUUUUUUUAGUAUAUGAUAGAUCGAGUCUAGUCAAGAAUUUUCCAUUAAUGUUAUACAUGUAGCCUUUUUGAGUUCAUGGAGGAGCAAAUUUCAAAUUUUUGUAAUUAUUUAUCUAUAUUAGAAUUGAAGGAGGCCUUAAAGUAAAUUUGAGAUUUAACUUACUGGUAUUAAAGUAGUUUCCAUAUUUGUAAUGUCUGAAAAUUUAAGUUGAACAACUUUUAAUGUUUUACUUCAAAAAAAAAAAAAAAAAGAGCUGAUAAAUUACUUAGUUGAUUAUAUAAAUUAUUAAAUUAUGUAAAUUUUCUUUUUAAAAAAAUUUUCACAGAUUUUUUUAAUCGUUAUUCUUACACAGAUUUGAUCUAUUAAAGAUGAGAAAUUAUUUUUUGUUUUUAUUUAGAUAUUUACGAGGAAAAUAAACAAAAAGUAAGUUUGAAGUAAAUUACUUAUUUUAUCAUUUUUAUUCGUUGUUAAAAUAAGAAACUAUGGAGAUAAAAAUGAAAUUAUUAAUUUUUCCAUUCACUUUCUCAUUUGAUAAACACCACUUUAAAUUUUUUAUUUUUCUCUCUAUUUUUUCAAUUUUCCUUUAAUUCAAUAGGGAAAAUAUUCUUAAAUUUGCCUUGAUUCCUCUAAUCCAAACGGAUUUAGAAGACUUAGCUCCUGCGAAUGAGGAGCAUCCAGCACAAGCAUUGACCAUUAGUUCUGGAACUCUAAUGAACUGAGACAUAGGAUUUUUGUUUUUUUGUCAAGCUUCUACCUCAAUCAACUUGCCUUGAAGUUUCCGUUUCUUGAUUUUAAAGUUUGAAACUUGAAAACUCCGACUUCCACUACUUGCAAUCAAAGUCUCUUUAUGAACUCCCAACACAAGUCGUUGAUAAAUCUGAUCCCUUCAAUCUCAGCAACAAAUCAAGCACCCAUAGCUGGGAUUCUUUUCACUGCCUUCUCUCUCCCUUUAACCGUGAGACUGAGUCUCCUCCGGCGGCGACAAGGAUGUGGUGCUAGACUGGUUAGACCUCUUUUCUGGCUUUGAAAACAAUAGUAAAAUCUUAUUCUUCGGGGAGAUUAUGUCAUCAGCAGGAGAGAUUGGAUUCCACUUCUUUGGUUUGGUGAAUAAAGAGUUGUAGAUGCUUGUUUAAGGUUUCUGACACAUACACUUAUCAUCAGCCUAUUACUGUAGUGAGUUUCAAGUUUUGAUAUUUCUACUCUACAGAGUUAUUAUGGAUGUUCUAGCUGUAAUUAAUUGAAAUGCAUUUGAUGUUUUGUAGUAGUUAUGGC